AUGUAUCCCAUGUUUAUUCUUGGAAGUGAUAUCUCACCCUUCAAUGUUAGGAGUGCCAUGAAGGUUCGUGUUUUUCGUGCAUACAAUGUACCGGAAAGGAGAGGAAGCAAUGCAAUUAGAAGUAAGGAGGUUGUAUUUCACGAUAAAGAGGGAACAUUGGUACAUGCCCACAUCCCAAAACAAUUGGUUCCAAAAUUCAUUAACGAUUUUAAGGAAGGUUCAGUUUGGGCUGUUAAGAAUUUCCUGGUCAUCACCAAUUUCUACACAUACAGGACAACCCCUCACAAGUAUAUGAUCAAGUUCAAUUACCAGACUACAGUUAAGCAAUUCAAAAAAAUUGACUUUCCAAGUCAGAUGUUCCGUCUUACACCAUUUCAGGCUCUAAAAGUUGAAGGUGUUGAUGAUAAGCUAUUGGUUGGGAAAAUACUUGGUAAUCAGAUUAGGUGUACUCUAUGGGAUGAUCAUGUCGGUAAGAUUGAGCCCUUUUUCAAUGCAAGUAGUCAUGAUCCAGUGGUGGUGAUCUUGCAAUUCUGUCGAAUUAGGACUGAUGUGACCAAUGGCGAGGUGAGGCUUUGCAGUUCAUAUGAUGUGACACAAGUCUUUAUUAACCAGCAAUCUCAAGAGUUUUUGGAGUUUAGAGAGAGUUUAAGUCUUCGUGGUGUGCAAACACCCAUGAGGAGCAUUGCAUCCUUUCCAAGCUUGAAUUAUGAGAGAAUGAUGGAGCAAACCGAAAGUCUUGCUCAAUAUAUGAAAACUAUCGAUGAAAUUUACCAAACCAGAGAGGAACUUGCUCCUGGUUGUAACAAGAAACUUGAGUCAAAGGGUAGGAUAUAUUACUGUGGGAAGUGUGAAAGCAACUGCGAAGAAGGUAAAUUGAGAUACAAGUUGAAGAUUAGAGUUGCAGAUCUAGAAGGAAAUGCACCCUUUCUCCUUUGGGAUAGAGAGUGCAAUCAGCUAUUGGGAAUUUUUGCUGCAGAGUUGAAGUCAAGGCGUCCAAAUAGAUUGAUUCAAGUGCAUGCACCAGCGCUUUUGGGCAUUCAUGACAAGGAUUUUAGCUCUAAAGUUGAACACCAAAUGGUGGAUGAUGAUGAUCAUGAGGAAUUUGACGAGAGUGAUGAAGAGGAAAGUUCUCUUGGGUUUGGUGUUGCUGGCAAUCAAGAUGCUGUGGGUGAUAGAGAUGAGUUCUCAACAACCCAAACAUCAAAGAACAAGGGCAUUCUCAAUGUUAAGCUUGAAGGAGGAAAGUGA